GAUGGAUACUGGCAUAAAGCAUGCCAUCGUUGUCAAGGUUAUGGGUCGCACUGGGUCUAGAGGGCAAGUGACCCAGGUUAGAGUCAAGUUUCUGGAUGAUCAGAAUCGCCACAUCAUGAGGAAUGUGAAGGGUCCAGUGAGAGAAGGUGACAUUCUCACCCUACUUGAGUCUGAGAGAGAAGCAAGAAGAUUGCGCUAGAUGGUCUCCGAUGGUUUUUCUCUGUAUUAAGUAAAAAUAUUGUGGAUUUUUGUUCCUCUGGUUUCAGUUUUAAUGGUAGUUAGCAGAUGCCAUAGUUCGAUGCUACUUUUGUUGUCCUGGAUCUAUACUAUAUGCCCUUAUUAUGAAACUUAAAUUUUGAUA